CACGUUCCCUGUCCACUGACGCGAGAGUGUGUUGAAUCAGGAAUAUUUCGAAAAGCAAUACUACAGGAGAUGCUUUUUCCUGUGCUAGUAACGUAAAAAUCUUGAUUGGAAUUUACUGAAUGAGGAAUUAUCGUCCGCAGAAGAAUUGUUGCAACAAACGGGCAAACAGAUGAUAAGGAAAUUGCCAGGGGGGUUGCUUUAAAUGAAAAUUAAAAUGUACAAGGGCCGCGAGUCAACAACAACGUCGUUGCUCGGUUAAUAUCGUUUUUUCCUUUUAAGCCAAAUCGCAUAGUUAUGGCCACCGCUAGUACACCAUCCUCCUCCUCGCCCACGCCAAACGGGAGCAAUUUGAGCACGCCACUUGCCCUGGAUCGCGAUUGUUUCGAAUUCGUGAAGCGCAUGCUUGUCACGUUUGCGAGCGAGCACAACGCAGAACUGGGAGCGAGCGACACCACCGUGGCUCAGUGCCGGCACAAGGCGAACAACUAUCGGCGGGAGUACGACGAGGGGCACAAGUACACUGCAGCCGGUGGAAAAAGUGACCAAAGCGGGACUUCUAAAAAAAGCGGUUUCAUCUCUCGUGACAGCGACAACGGAACUUCCACGAAAAACCCUCCGGAUCUUUCCUGUUUGCUGAAGGGCUGGUGCGGAGAGGAGUUUUCUUUGCUUUCGCAGUGUUGGAUAUGAGAGAAGUGUGCACAACAAUUCCCGCUCCGCUGGUUACGCCCUAGGAUUUCUUUGAAGGGCCUCGUCAUGUUGGGCGAUAACAAGCAGCAACAGAAAUAACACGGUCUACGAAUGUAGUGUCUCUCUGCCUCUCAAGAACGGGCCCAAGAACAGAUUGUGAUGUCGUUCGGGCUAGUACUUCCGUAUCGAUAAUAAACCGUCGCGCUUCGCAGUGCAGGAGUGCUGUGAAGCGAAUGCACAUGAUCAGGUGCAUCUUUGUAUAAUAUCCUUGCAGCUAGAUAAGAUAAAAUGCAGCGGAAGUUAUUGUGCACUUUCAUACCGGGCCAGCAAUUUCGACAAGACCAUCUGCCGGAAAGACGUCUAUCGGCUCUGUGAUUGCAUACGGCAGAAGUACACGAAUGCCGUCCUCUUGACUACACAGCAAAAUCAUGCUACUGGAACAAAUGGCAAUAAAGGUCCGGCAGUUGCCCGAUCGAUGCCGCGUUUGUGCCGAAACGAUAAUUUCUAAAAAAGCGGCAUGCUGCAAUAAUUACGUUGGAUAUAAUCUGCUCCCGGGAUUUCAUCAAACUAAUUUGAUCCAGAUGUUUUUUGUGGUGUCUCUUUCUGAACAUCCCCUCGAC